GGGGAGAGAGGCGAACAUGGAGGAGAUAAUGGGGACGGGAGAGCGGGUUUUCGCCGCGGAGAGGAUCUUGAAGAAAAGACUCCGCAAGGGGAAGGCUGAGUACCUGGUCAAAUGGAAGGGCUGGUCCUCCAAGCACAACAGCUGGGAGCCCGAGGAGAAUCUGUUGGACCCACGACUUCUCCUGGCGUUCGAGAGGAUUCAGCAGGAGAAGUCUGCCAUGGGGAGACGUGGAAGGCGACGCGGACGCCCGCGCAAGGACCCGGAGGGGUUCCCCGCGGGUCUCUCCGGGCGCCUGCGAGCCGCUCACUCCGCUGCCCUUCCCACGGCGUCGCCGGUCCCCCCUCCACCCCACGGCCCGGGUGGGGGGGCCGGGCCCCCCCGCCACCCUGAUGCCUUCAGACACAAGCCAGUGUACAAGGUUCGCCGUCUGGUGCCACCGCGGAGUGGCGGCAGUAGCGCCGCGUCGCGCUCGCACCUGGAGCUGCAGCUGCAGCGGCAGCAUCAGCGCAACGAGGUGCGCGCCCUGCAGCUGUUCUCCAUCGCCAACGGCGCCACACGCAAGAUGGGGCGCAAGCUCAAGCGCCUGCAGCAGCAGCAUCAGCACAGGCAGCAGCAGCAACAGAGGCACCAGCCGCACUGUCUGCAGCAGCAGCAGCUCCACCACCGCUCUCCGGCGUUGCGGCCGCUGGGCGGAGUCACCGUCACGGCGAGCUCGGUGGAGCCGGACCCACGGCCGACGCCGGUGGCGGCGGUGGCGGCGGCGCAGUCGUCGCUGCCGGCCAUGGGGUUGGGCGGUCGGGGCGACGCCGGUCCCAGGAUGCACAGCGGCCGGACUACGCCAGUGCCGUCCGUUGGGGUCGGAGCCGCCGCCGCCGCUGCCGGCGGAGGCGGCGGAGUCGGCGGCGGGGCUGGCGCCGGGUACUUUGCGCGGCGCGAGUGUCCCCGGGCUCGGCCCGGCCGGCAACCGCUGGCGCCGGCGCCGGUGCCCGGCGCGCGGAGCAGGAGGCGCCGGCGAGUCGGCGACGACGUGGGGAUGGUCCUGCGCCGCGGGGAGGACGACGACGACGACGACGAGGAGGACCUCUACAGCCCGGCCUCGCAGCGCCGCUCCCCUCGCCUCGAGGAGGUGAAGGCUCCGGCCCGCGCGGCGGUCGCGGCGGCCGCGCCGGCGCCGGCGGCGGCUGCGCCGGCCGCGGUGACGGCGGCGGUGGCGCCCGCGGCGCCGUCCCCCCCGACCUCGUCGUCGUCGUCCACCUCGUCGUCCUCGUCCAGCUCGACCUCGUCCUCCUCCUCGUCAUCGUCCUCCUCGUCCUCGUCGUCGUCCUCACAAUCCUCGUCGUCCUCCUCCUCGUCUGAGGAGGAGGACGACGAGGACGACGACUGCGACGACGACGACUGCGAGGAAGACGACGACGACGACGAGGCGGACAGCAGCUGCGCCGACGGGAGGGAGGCGGGCGAGGUGGACGAGGCGGGGCCCCGGCCGGGGGGCGCCGUGACGCAGCAGCAGCAGCAGGCGGCGGGGGCGGGGGGGGCGGCAGGGGGUGGCGGAGCGCUGUGCGGCCGCGCGGGCCCCCCGCUGCAGCUGGGGAGUGCCGCGGCGUUGGCGCCCGAGUGGAAGCCCAAGGCCUUCCUGGCGCAGCACGUCAUGGUGACGGACGUGACGGCGAACCUGCUCACGGUCACCGUCAAGGAGAGCAGCUCCAGCGUCGGCUUCUUCGCCGGCCCACGGGGGGCAGCGCUGUGACUGAACGUUUGGUUUUUGGGGGGGGGCGACCGAUAUGCGUGAGGAGGAGUCUUAUUGGCCAAACCGCAAGGGGGUCUGGGGUGUGGUGGUGGGGGGCGCGGUGCUAUGACUGAACCGUACAGCGGGGGGGGGGAGGUGGGGGUCACGUUGAGGGUCACGCUGAGGGUCACGCUGAGGGUCACGCCGUGGAGGUCACGCCGAGGUCACGCCGAGGUCACGCUGGGGGCCGAGCCGUGGUCGGUUGUGUCAAAACAAUCGGGGACCGAACUUGUUCGCUGCUGGGCGUCAUGGGGUUUCGUCGCGAAAGACCGGCGCCUUGAACAACAGCGCCGCAGCCAAUCGGCAAACCCCCACCCCCCCAUUUGUCUCCCCCCCCCCCCCUCCCACAAUGGUAGUGCAGUACGAUGGAUCAUCGCGAUUCCGCAUCGCCAUCCAAUUCGACAGUCAUUCCUAUUUCUACGCCGUGCCGAACGUAUAGUGGCGGCUGCGUGAAUCGACUGCGUACGAUACGGCACGAUAUUGGGAGGGAGAGUCCAUGGUUGCGCGCACGAUUUUAUCCGUGUGGAGUGAGCGUAAGAAUAGAUGUCAAUAAGAUGAUCGAUUUGCAAUUGACGUUUGGGUUGGGCCACUUAUGGAUUACGUUUGAGCGCACUCACCGGUAGUUUGAAGAUCAGUUUUUCCCACGACAGAAUUUAGCGGUUUUAUAAAAACGACGUUUCACUUCAAUUUGCGUCGAGCAUCUCCAGGGUGUCUCGGAACCAGCCAAAAUCAGAAAUGGCUUCUGAAGCGAAACAUUUGGCCGGAUGGGAUCAUUACAUGUCGCCUAACCCAAGAAUCAAUAGUGGAUCAUGGCAUCGGUCGUGAAAACCACCUACGGCGUUGGGUUCAUCGACGCGUUGUUAAGCAUCCUACGCUUGACAUGCCAUCUCGCUUCCACCACUUAUAUGGUUAUGCUGUGGUCAUCAAUGUGCCCUUCUCCUACAAGUAGAGAAUGGUACACCGUGCCGGAGCUUCUCGGAACACCAAUCGUGCAAACCCGAGCACUUUUCAUAACGGUUCCUAGUCCUAGACCACAAUGUUUUUUUUUUCUUCCGCAAAGAGGGAAAAUGGCAGUAGUUGAUCGUAGGCUACUUACUGCAGGACGAACGGCACGGGUUUCUUACCGACGCUUGCCCAUUCACUCUUCCAUCACCGCUCACGGCCUACCCCCCCCCCACCCCCUCACCAUGAACCUCAAAAACAAUUUCUGAUUGGCAGCAGCGGUGUUUUUAAGAGCGGCAGGAACAGUUUGCGACGUCGCACGUGCCCCGAGCGGGGUCCGGUACUCUGGAGGCCGAGGUGUUGGUGCCUCGCUCUCAAACCCACCGGAGCGCGAUGGGCCGCCAGUAGCACGCGUUAAGCGAGUUCGUGAACCUGUCUGUGCGGACUUUUGAACGAUAUCCCCUGCUACGCGUGGCGGGGGGGGUUUGUCUGAAAAUAUCGGUUUCCUCAACGCGCGCACACGCGCACGCGCGCAUGCGCACGCAUAACAAGACACCCCUUAAGGUAUUUGCCAGGCAUUGGAAUGUAGGACCCUCCAGGAAAAUGAUCUUGAGACUCAUUCAGACUUUUGUCGGGUAAAUUAGCAUCAUGAUUAAUUUACCCAUGUCUUAUUUCUAGGUGUUAAACAACUUAACGCUUAUCGUAUUUUGCGCAACCGGCCAUUGGCAGAGGUCAGACUGUACUUGGGUUGGGAGAGCGGUCGGUCAUAUGAUGCCAUGCCAUGCCACGGGACUCACCCCGAGAUUAUACUUGACCUUUUCGUAAGAGACACGGAGGCACGCCCGUAAACUGACCCAGCGGAGAGAGAGAUGCUGAUGUGACCUAAAGCGGGUCUUGGGUGAGGCAUACACCAAUCCAGGGUAUCGCCAACCCUGACUGGGGCAGAGGCAUGGGAAAAAGGGCACGGUGACCCAGAGGGACGAGAGUAACGUAGGGGGGGUCUGGUUGUGACAGUACCCAGAUUGGGGUACUGAUCUCAUUGCAGGCGAAUCCGCGAGGUCACGAGGCCGAAACAACGUUGUGCUUUUUUGCCCCGUUCCAGUUACAUUUUUAACCGCUUUUAAAGUUCACGAAUGCAACACUCUCUCUUCCCCCGAUCCUGCCUCGACCCCCCCCCCCCCCCACAACGAAGGGGUAUGGGGUGACACACCCUGUGGCCGGCCGUCCUCCGGGACCGUGACCUCGAUCCCUCUGACCCUGAUGCUGACCUCCCCCCAGCCCCACCGGUUUGGGGGGGUCACAACAACACGCUCGGCAAAGUGACCCCCAUUGUAAAUAUUUUAAAUAUCGGUGUUGAUUUAUUGUGCGGGCUAAAGUAAUUUUCUAUCGCCCAGCAGAAUUACCUUACGUAUUAUUAUUAUCAUCAUCAUCAUCAUAUUUGUAUUGUCAUGAUGUUUGUAUUAUUAUCGAGCCUUGUGUGUACAGCAUUAUUGUAUACGGUAGGCGCAGUGUUGGCCAAGACAACCUACGUACAGUAUACGUAUACUGUUAGCGUGUGCGCGCGUGUGCGUGUCUGGGGAAGCCAGUGCCAAAGCUGUUCCCACGCUGCGCUCCCAGUGAGACCUCGGUUCGACUCCCAGCCAUGAUGUCGGAACGUAGAGCGGCGAGUGGUACCUGAACCAGUCCUGGAACCCCGCCCCGCCCCCCCCCUCUAGGUGGACUCGGCCUUAAACGAGUACCUUGUAUGGUGUGUAUACAAACAUCAGCGCUCGGGAGAUAUUGCCCCGGGCAGAAGUGGUGCUGGCCACAUCAUCACGUGUUGUAUUUUUGUUUCCGGCCUUAAUAAGUGCUCGCUAACAGCACUUGCCCUUCGUGGUCUAUAAGACUAAAUGGGGGGGUGUUUGUCCUUGUAUAGUGUUUCCACGUUACACGACUGUGUACGCUCCUGUACGAACUGCUGCGUUGGCAUUUGGCAUGCGGCCCACAUAGAGCUGCGUGUACGCCCACAGGGUGAACCGUUGUUACACGCAGCGUCUGUGCCUUGCGCACGUCCGAACAGUAGGCGCGCACACGUAUACACAAUUGUGUGUGUGUGUACACACAGUAUGUGUGUAUAUAUAGUGUACGUAUUAUGCAGUGUAUACAUGGCGAUCCAAUUUUAGAUGCCCCACCGAUUUGUAGUGUGACCCACUUCUCAACGGCUGAUUACAUUCGUUGCAGAGGAGGAGGAGGACGUUAAAAUAUUUAACAAGUACAUUGAGGUUGGUGGGAGACGAGUGGAGGCUUUGAAUUAAAAUGAAACAGAUUAUUUGGUGCUGCUGCUUCUGCAUUGGAAGGAGCACAACAUUAACACGACAAAAACCACGCGACACGUUCAUCGAUACCUUUGCCUUACAAGGAAGAAAUAUAGAGUAGGUGACGUUUCGAGCAAAUGGGUCCUUCCUCUUAGCGUGUCAAAAUAAUGUCAAUGUUUUGCUAUAAUUUAUCUCCCCGAUAUUUUAGUGGGGUGCGUGCAUGCGUGCGCACUGUGCGUGCGUCCCUCUGCUCAAACAAGUAUUGGGACACGGCUCUUUUUCUGCUGAACCAAUGGUGAUAACUCCACAUUCCUAAGGUAGAGGUUGGUUUCUCUACAGUGGAUGGCAGCUACUGGAAUAGCAAUCUACACAACAACAGCAUUCGCUACUAAGUGGCGGUGAAGUCACCACGGCGCUUGUGCCAGACCAGGUGCACUCUCAGGCCACGUGAAGUGUGUCGAACGCUCACAGCUGGCAGGAGGUCACAGGACAGACCCAUGAGCCAUGGAUUGACUGACUUGAGAUGACUGGCAGAUGCAUCACCUGUGGCCCCUACUGUGCCAACAAUCUACAAAAAGACAAAGGCAAUCAACACACUCGCACGCAGACAUGACCACAAACACCAGCACUGCCAACAUUGAUCUCAAACUUCAUCAACAUCAUUGCAAUCAUUUGCCAUCAUUUCCAUCGCCGCGACCACAUGGGUCGUUUCAGCAGAAACAAUCCGGAAAGCUGUUACAGGAAUUAUUUUGGCACCCAGCUACGUCCAUCUUGCCUUAUUUUGUCAUCAUCUUUUUGUGUGUACAAGGUAUGCCCUGUCCAUAAUAUAGGCAUGGAGGGUACAAUACUAUUGUAUUUUUAUGGUGGCGCAAAUCUCAUUUCUCUCAGACAUCUGUGCUAUCGACUCCCUGUAGCUCUUCAAAUCCAGGCAUGGGACCUUCCUCUUCUCUUUGACUGUCGCUUUCUCCCAUACCCAGAGACCCAUAGACUCGCAUAGAGACCUACCACUGCUUCCCUUUCUCUCUAAAACAUAAAUAUUCACGUUGUUUCUGCUACUGGAACAACAAUAUAUCGUAACCUUAUCGUGGUGGUGGGGUUUGCGUGUUACAGUAACCCUCGGAGCUACGUCGUCCGGAGUCUUGUACUACUGGUACGGUACUACUGGUAGGGUCUCGCUUGGCGAACAGGUCUGGGGGGAGCUUCCAGACAACGGUCCAAAACAAAGCCACUCGUGAAUGGUUAAAAAAAUACCAAAAUCAGAAAAUCUUGCCCAGACAAGGAAUACAGUGUAAGAGUAUCAUGGUUAACACGCCACCUCAAUGUUGCAUGGAAGGCGGGGCACAGUAUCGCUGGAUUGACAAACUGGGGUAUGGUUCCCAUUUGUUUAAAAGUGGACCAGAGGGUGUGCCCCAACUACAGAGGAAUCGCACUCCUCAGCGUUUCCGCUAAAGCUGAUGCCAGAGUGCUGGAGAGGAGGCUUGCCCGGUGGUCGUGGAACAGUGGACCAGCUCUUUCCCUCUCACAGAUAUUUGAGGAGUCGUGGAAGUACGCUUUACCAGUCUACCUCUGAUUUGUAGACUUGGAGAAAGCAUAUUGACCGGGUUCCCCGCAAUGUCUUGUGAGAGGUGCUGCGGGAGUAUGAUGUACCGGUGCCGCUUUUGUGCAUUAUCCGGUGUCUCUAUUCCCGGAGUGAGAGCUGUGUCCGUAUGCUUGGGUGUUAAAUCAAAGUUGUUCACCGUGGGUGUUGGACAACGCCAUGGGUGCGUCUUGUCUCCACUCCUGUUUGUGAUUUUCAUGGACAGGAUAUCAAGGCGCAGCCGAGGUAUGGAGAGUAUCCAGUGUACGGGGGCAUGGAGGUAGCGUCGCUGCAUUUUUCAGAUGGCGUUGUCCUCUUUGCCUCGUCGGUCUGUGAUCUCCAGCGGGCACUCGAGCGGUUUGAUGCCGAGUGUGAAGCAGCUGGGAUGAGGUUCAGCACCUGCAAAUCUGAGGUCACGGUUCACUCCUGGGAGACGGUGGAUUGUUCUCUCCAGGUGAGGUGAGGACAGCUGCCCUGAGUGGAGGAGUUUAAGUACCUCGGGGUCUCUCUCGCGAGUGACGCUAAGUGGGAGCGGGAGAUCGGCCAACGGAUCGCUGCGGCGUCCGCGGUGUUGCGUGCACUGCACCGUUCCGUGGUAGUACAGCGGGAGUGGAGUUUUUUCCGAACAAAGCUCUCGGUUUACAGGUCGAUCUGCAUUCCCACCCUCACCUAUGGUCAUGAGCUUUGGGUGAUGACUGAAAGGAUGAGAUCGCGGGUACGAGGGGCUCGAAAUGAGGUUUCUCCGCUGGGUUGCCGGGCUCAAUCUCCAUGAUCGGGUGAGGAGCUCGGUAAUCUGGGAGAGCUUCGGUAGAGCUGCUGCUCGUCAAGAGGAGCCAGUUGAGGUGGUUUGGGCACCUGGUAAGGAUGUCCCCCGGUAGGCUCCCCCUGGAAUUCUACCGGGAACGUCCCACUGGGCGAAGGAGCCGGCCCAGGACACGCUGGCGGGACCAUGUGGCUCAGCUGGCCUGGGAACGCCUGGGAAUUCCUCGGAAAGAGCCAGAGUCUUGUCGCCAGGGAAAGGGAGGUCUGGACCACCACGACUCACAACGCUGCCGCCGCCGCGACCCUCGCCAGGACGAGCAGACUGAGAAACAAGGAACGAACUGUUUCUGUACAGCGGCCCAUUAACAUAACGUAAUUAUACACUUUAAAACAAUGGAAUUUAUGAAUGUGCAUUGUUCAAUGUAUGCACUUCGCACAUUGAAUAGGUUUAAUAUAUGUACGACACGAAGCAUACAUGUAACGCUCUCCAGCAUUGCGACCAGGUGUACGUGUGAGACCAAUCGCACUGCACUACUUUGUGUACGAUAUGCGUGUUCAACAACCCCGUCGGUCCACUGCUGGAUGACAUCCUGCCCACACCAUGUGGAUCACGGGAGUUGAGUGACCAUACUUCACCAUGCUGGUCAGUGCAGGUUGGUGAAAGCGUCACCAUGGUAACAUAGCACGCAAUUUAUGCGCAUGUGUGUGUGUGUGACCUCUACACAGAUUGGUCUUUUCUCUUUUCAAAUCCCUUCAGGGUUUCACUUGUCCCAUCAUCUUCAUUAAAAAAGGGUCGAUAAAUCAAGAACCAUUUUGUGGCUGUCCUGUGCAGAGAUUGGCCUCCCCGUCGCAGGAACGUGGAAUUUCCUCCACUGGCUUAUGGAUGUUUUCUGCGCGUACAAACGCAAGGUGGUUGAUGCGUUUAAAGUCUACGCAGUAAACCACACGCAAGUGCACGUGCACGGUGCACGUAUGUAUGUGGUGUGCGUAUUAACAUCGCUACACCAUGUGUGUGUCCAGCACCAAUCGCUUUGUUCCAGAGGUCCCAAAGCCCUCGUUUUGCAUCCGUCCCGAGGCUUCAAACAUUCUACUGGCUUCCAUGGACAUGCUUGCGUGUCCUGUGGUGGUGACCCCGGUGUCAAGAUCGGCCUCUGUGGAGGAGGCUCGUGAAGGACGCUACUGGGCAGUUGGAGGCAGUCGCCCUCCAACAACAACGGAGGGCGGAGGAGCGACGCUCACAACAACGAGCGGAGCGCCGGGUGGCUAAAGCACAGCAAGUUGGUACAGUAGGGGGCACAGGUGGUGCAUCAGCCAGUCAUCUCGGUCAUCUCGGUCAGUCGACCCGUGGCACCUGCUGGGUCUGCCCCGUGACCUCUUGCCAGCGGGCGUUCGACACUUCACGUGGCCUCAAUGUGCACUUGGCCUGGCACAAGCGUCGUGGUGACGUCACUGCCACUUAGUGGCGAAUGGCGGUUGUUGUUGGUGGUGGUGGUGACGCCGGGUCCCGUGGAGGUUCCCAAGGGUUGCAUGUAGGUUGUGAAACGUUCUGUGGACAUUCUCGCGUGGGUCCUGUGGAUGUCGCCGAUGGAGGGGGGCCCAUGAGUGCGCAUGGACGCACACGCGGUACGCGCGCGCCGUUGACGGAUGACAUGGGAGAGACGUUUUACAGCUGCUGUAAAUAUCGCGCCAGUGUUUGACCGCGUUUAUUAUUAAAGGAACCAGGUUAUUAAACGUCA